UUACAAAAAUGUAUCGAGUAAUACUUGUAUUGCCUUAUCUCUAUUCGGACUAAAAUUAACAGUUCAAAACAAAAACUUUUCAGACAUUUCUUGACGAAAUAGUUAUGUACUAUAGGGAGUUUACAUGAUUUAACUUUCACAGGCGAUUAGUUGAAUCAAUAGUUGAACGAAAGUGGGCAGCUGGCCAACUCCAUUAAAAGCGAUUAGUUGAAAGGCUGUUUACACUAGGCGAAUAUUGCUUUCAGCUAAAAGUUGCCAGAAAAACGCCUCAUGGAAAUUUCCUAUUACUGCCAUGGCAAAUAUCAUUGAUAAGGUUAGAGUUCUUUUGGUGGGAGAUUCAGGGGUUGGAAAGACUUGCCUUACACACUUGAUAUCGCACAAAGAGUCGCUCUCUCGUCCAGGGUGGACUGUUGGAUGUAAUAUAGAAGUCAAGUUACACGAAUACAAGGAAGGAACUCCUCAACAACAGUUGUAUUUCAUUGAAUUUUUUGAUAUUGGUGGGUCAUUAAGCCAUAGGAAUACUCGUGGUGUCUUUUAUGCACCAAUACACGGCAUUAUUCUCGUUCACGACCUUACCAAUCGCAAAAGUCAAGAAAAUUUGCGCGAAUGGCUGUACGAAAUUCUCAACAAAGAAGGAAAAGAUGUAAGAAAUAGUAGUGGCGACUGCAGUUUUGAUCCGGAGCAAUUUUUAGGCUCGACUCAACUCCCAUUGUUGGUAAUGGGUGCCAAGUUGGAUCUUUUAGAUGAAAGACGUCAGCCAAAACCACUAAAAAAAAUUGGUAGCAUAGAACAGUGUGGAGCGGAGGAAAUCUGGUUGAAUUGUAGGGAUCCCCGUAGUUUGUCUGCUGGAACAACAGAUGCUGUGAAAUUGUCUCGGUUCUUUGAUCGAAUAAUUGAGAAAAAAAAUCAGUCGCGCGACUCCUCUACGUCAUUCGCGGAUAAAAGAAAGUGUACAAGUACUUUCAAUGCCAACACGGAAACAUCGACAAAAUUAAUCACAUUACUGCGUUGAAUAUGCUAAUAUGAGAACAAAUGCAGAAUACCUACAAUUCUCAACUUAAAAAAAGAGAAUCCAUAGAGUCCAUUGAGCUGAACAUAACAGUAUGUUUUUUUUUUGGGAAACAAAUACAAGAAUUAUUAAAGGUCAAAUAAAUCAAUAUUUCUCGAACACUUUCUAUUGAUGUCAUUCAAUAGAGAAUGUAAUUCUCUUUAAUUUUAUAUAUGUACAUAUAUUAUAUACCAGAUCGCUCUCAAUCGCCUCGCUGAGUGUAUGAGAUUCCUACGUGCUACAUUAGGUGUAAUUUUCUUCCAUUAAACUCAGCAUACUUAAAAUAUACCCGUAUUAUAAUCAUUCAUUGAAAUUAUUGAAUAGUUUGAAUUUUACUUCUUAAACCAUUAAUUCCUAUAAUUCAAGUAGAAUUUGAAUUUUCAAACAUGUGGAAACCCUGCUAUAUAUACAUAUGUUGCUUAGAAAUAAAGCCUCAGAAAAUUACCUUAAAAACCUCAGAAAAUUAUACAUGUACGACUUUAAAAAUAGGUGGCAGCCCUCUUCCAAAUAUUUUCCUCCUAAAACCCUAUUAAACUUCUGACAUCCAUAUUGUGAUACAUAUUCAAAUCACCAAAUUCCCUUGAUUAAAGAAUUUGAAUUUCAAACAGAUGGUAACCCUCCUACAUGGGUUCGAUUGAUACCCAUAUUGUAGUAAUUCAUUUAAUUUGAGUUUCAUUUUUAAAUGGGUGGCAACGCUUCAGUAACAUUCACCUCAGUAACAUUCUAAAUGUGCAAUCUGAAGGUUUCUUAGUAAUCUUUCAUUUGACACCCAUAUAUUAAUUUUUCAGAGCUUGCGAAUAACUAAUUUAAAUUUGGCUUUUCAAACCGGUGGCAACCCUUUCCAAAAUAUUUUUCAAACUAUAACUUUUUUAAGCCUCUUGCCAUCCAUUAUUUGACCCUUUCCGUGGAUUUGCGAAUUUAACACACGCACAGGUAAAAACUCUUAGUUCUAAUUGUUUAUUUGUGGGUUAAACAAUUGUUACAAAUUUUAGAUGCCCUAUUAAAUAUAUCUGGCAAGCUAUAACUUUUGAACAAUAAGCUUUCCACAAAACAAAAAGAAAUAUUUUUCUCAUCUUUAGGGGGUUGACUUUUCCCCGAUAUACAAACUUUUAGAUUUUUAGCUUACCGUAAAUUUUUUUUCGACACUGAAAGGGUUAAAAUAAUUUUCAAAUAAAUAAUUC